GAUGUGCCAGAGAAAAACAGUUUGAGGGAUUUCAAUCGGGUGAUGACCUAGAGGAGAUUGCACUGAGAUUGUUUUACAGCUGGAAAGUUAACAGAAAAUGGAAGGCUGAAGUGCUAACUUACUUGACAAGGAACUCUUCCCAGGCUUCAGCUGUGUGUACGUUUUUGGGGACUAGAACAUGCAGAUGCAUGAAAUCCAGCUCUGAAAAACUUGUUUUCAAGCCUAAAAUUAGCAGGCCCUGCUUCAACUAAUGAACUUCGAUCCUUUUUUUUGUGCAUAUUCUUUGUCCUCUUUUUUCCGUGUUUGUUCCUGCUCAUUUGUUUUGCACUUAGCACCGCCCUCUUCUGCCUUCUGUGAACAGACUUGAAAAAGCCUGGAGGAUUCCUCUGUCAGCUAAUUUUUAUCACAGACAUCCACUUCCCUAUUUAGUAGUGUCCAAACCAUGAAUUACGUUGGACAGUUAGCAGGGCAAGUGUUUGUAACUGUGAAGGAGCUCUAUAAGGGAUUAAACCCAGCCACAUUGUCAGGAUGUAUAGAUAUAAUUGUUGUACGUCAGCCAGAUGGAAAUCUUCAGUGUUCCCCUUUCCACGUACGCUUUGGGAAAAUGGGAGUUCUGCGCUCUAGGGAGAAAGUGGUUGACAUAGAAAUUAAUGGAGAGGCUGUAGAUUUGCACAUGAAACUAGGAGACAAUGGAGAGGCCUUUUUUGUGCAGGAGAUGGAUAAUGAUCAGGAGGUAAUUCCUUAUCAUCUCUCUACAUCUCCCAUUCUGUCUGAGGGAACUGCUUUAAUGGAAGCUCAGCUGAAGAGGAACUCCAUAGACAGGAUAAGAAACCUGGACACUAGUGCAUCCUCACAAGUACCAGUCCAAGCCCACGGAUCCCAGCCUUCUACUGAAACAUCACCAGUCUGUAGCUCUGUGAAAAAAAGGAGGAAAAAGAGGAGGAAGUCUACCCAUAAAAUAGACAGCUUAAAAAGAGAAGACAAUGGAGACACAUCAGAAGAUGAAGACAUGUUUCCUAUAGAGAUUAGCUCAGAGGAAGAAAAAGAACCACUGGACAAUUUAAGGAUCCCUGUUCCAGAUGUGUUUGUUGAUGAUGUGUCUGACAUAAAGGCUCCUGCCGUUUCUACGUUUUCUCAGUCUGCAUCUUAUCCUCAUUCAGAUGGAGAAUGGUCACCUCUUCAAAGUAAGCCUAUAGAUUGCACAGGGCAAUCCUCUCUUCUCACUGUUCCAGCAGAUGGAGGCCUGUCUAACUCUUGUCCUCAACAACCUUCUCACUUUUCUUCUCCAGACAGCCCAUCAGGUUCACGCCCUCCUACUCCUCAGAGUGACUCGGAAUUAGUCAGUAAACCUACGGACAGAAGUGGACUGAAGAAUAAUCCCCACAUGCACUGGGCAUGGGGAGAGCUACCCCAGGCUGCAAAGGCCAGUUCUCUGCUCAAAGCAAAGGAACCUAGUGUGGUGGAUGUAAAUCCUUCUGAAAGCACUCACUUUCGGGUCAUCCAAAGUUCUCCUAUAGAGGAGUUUAACACUGUGUCUCCUCUACCUGCCCUUGGACAAGCAGAUGCAGCAACUGCUGAUGAAAGUGAGCCCUUACCAGCUGAGACAAAUAAGCCAGAGACAGAGUCUCCAGGAGCAGCUGUACCACCGUUGCCUGCUGGUGAAGAAAUAAAACAAGCUGCAGCUUGCUCAGCCCAACCAGCUGGCAAGACAGAUUCCCCUUCCAGAAAGAAAGACAAACGAAGCCGGCAUCUUGGUGCUGAUGGUGUCUAUUUAGAUGACCUCACUGACAUGGAUCCAGAAGUUGCUGCACUUUAUUUCCCCAAGAAUGGGGAUAAUGUCCAAUGCAAGAACACGAAUGACACGGGGCUGCGGUCUGCCAGCCAGUCUCCGCAGUCUGUCGGGAGCUCAGGUGUUGACAGUGGAGUUGAAAGUACCUCGGAUGGAAUUCGAGAUUUGCCCUCCAUUGCCAUUUCUCUCUGUGGAGGCCUUACUGACAAUAAAGAAAUAACCAAAGAAGAAUUUUUAGAACAUGCAGUAACAUAUCAGCAGUUUGUGGACAAUCCUGCUAUCAUUGACGACCCUAACCUUGUGGUUAAGAUUGGAAAUAAGUACUACAACUGGACAACAGCUGGUCCCCUUCUGCUGGCAAUGCAGGCGUUCCAGAAACCUUUGCCAAAGGCCACUGUGGAAUCUAUAAUGAGGGACAAGAUGCCCAAAAAAGGUGGAAGGUGGUGGUUUUCAUGGCGGGGGAGGAACAGCACUAUUAAAGAGGAAACAAAGCCAGAGCAAGGUAUGAGUGGGAGUGGACUUACUGGAGAAGACUCUUCACAGAUGAGCAUGGCAAACAGAAUAAAAGAUGAAUCUUCUUCAAGUGAUGAAGACCCUAGAGCUGCCAAACAAAACCUCGGGUCAUUACAAACCAACUCAAGUCAUCUCUCAUUAUUGUCUGGAAUCAGUUACAAAAAAACACUUCGACUCACUUCUGACCAGCUUAAAAGCUUAAAGCUGAAGAAUGGCCCCAAUGAUGUGACCUUUAGUGUUACAACACAGUAUCAAGGCACUUGCCGCUGCGAAGGCACAAUUUACCUAUGGAAUUGGGAUGAUAAAGUUGUUAUUUCUGAUAUUGAUGGAACAAUCACACGGUCGGAUACUUUAGGUCAUAUUUUGCCAACUCUUGGCAAAGACUGGACGCACCAAGGGAUUGCAAAGUUGUACCAUAAAGUGAGCCAAAAUGGAUAUAAAUUUUUGUAUUGCUCAGCACGUGCUAUUGGAAUGGCAGACAUGACCAGAGGAUACUUGCACUGGGUCAAUGAACGAGGAACUGUGCUGCCUCAAGGGCCAGUGUUGCUGAGUCCAAGCAGCUUAUUCUCAGCUUUCCACAGGGAGGUGAUAGAAAAGAAGCCAGAAAAAUUUAAAGUUCAGUGCUUGACAGAUAUAAAAAAUUUGUUUUAUCCUAACACAGAACCCUUUUAUGCUGCUUUUGGAAACAGACCUGCUGAUGUUUAUUCAUACAAACAGGUGGGGGUUUCUUUAAACAGGAUAUUUACAGUUAAUCCCAAAGGAGAGCUUAUACAAGAGCAUGCAAAGACAAACAUCUCAUCCUAUGUCAGACUAUGUGAAGUGGUAGAUCACAUUUUCCCUUUGCUGAAAAGAAGCCAUUCUUCAGACUUCCCUUGUUCUGAUACCUACAGUCAGUUCACCUACUGGAGAGAACCUCUACCGCCUUUUGAAACUCAGGAUGUGCAUCCAGCCUCAUCUUAACUGCAUCUAAAAACUGUUGGCCUCAGCUCAAAGAAUGAGUUAGGUUGUAUCGAAAGGACACCACUUGGCUUUUGCUGUUGACAGUUCAGCUGGAAUCUGUGAUGUUGUGAGCAUUGUAUUUUUUUGCUGUGAGCAAAUUUAGAAAUGCUUUUCAAACUUAGUCACGUUUCCAGAUGACAAGGAGGAGUCUUACUGGGAACAGGAGUUGCGUUUUUAGCUCUUCACCCAGCUCCUCAAACUGUGCCAUACAUUUCCAUUAUUCAAGGUCAAAUAAAAGUGGAGUGAUGUUGGAGUUGCAGUUAAACAUGCCAUAAGAUUGUAAAGUGGUUCUGUAUCUUUUCUGCAUCACUGAAGUAAUCUUUCAUCUUAUCAGGACCCCCUGCAAGUAAGGGAGCUGAAGGUGCUCGCCAUUUGUGACAUCAUCUGGUGACACGGACAGGGAUUGCAAUCCAUAUGUCAAAAUUCCUUUCUCUGAAGGAGCAAAUGAUUUUUCCUCUUUCCCCUGCCUUGACCAACAACUGUUUGUUUAAGAGUUCAUUACUGGUCUAGAGCCUCAGCUGUUGUAAAUCAGUGUAGCUAUCAAAGUCAAUUGAACUGUGUUGAUUUAUUCCAGCCUGUUGUUUUGACAUGGUAACACUUUUCUGAGGAAAUAAAUGAUGAGUAAUCUAAAUAGAAAGCAAAUGAAAUAAGAUGGCCAGAUUCUGGCAGUCUUUCUCAAUUUGAGAAGUACCAUGCUUCAAGGAGAUAGCUAUUUGGAUUAAGGUAAGUGUGCAAGUUGAAAAUACAGGCUACAGUGUGUAGUGCCCAUCUUACUGAAGUCAGUGAUUUUCAGUAAAGAUAUCUUACCCACAGAAUGUGCCGAGUUUCAAGAUUGUUACUGAGCCAAGAACACUGAGGAUUUUGUCAAAAUGGAGUAGUUUUAUUUGAAACAUUAUUUUGGCUAAAAUGUGAACUUUGAUGCUGGUGAAUGAUGCAUCUCAGGUUUUUACUGUAUGGAUUUUUUUUUUUUUGUUUUGUCAUAAAGAAUGGAUACUUCUAGUGCAGUUUACUCUCCUCCAAGAUAAUGAAAUCUCCUCUUUCAUCUCUUUUUUUUUUUUUUUUUUUCUCCUUAUUUGUCCGGACACAAGCUGUAGAUACUGUUUUUGCUACCUGCUUGUGACAGCCUUAAGACUUAACUGUGCAUGCUAAAAGCAAUACUGCAGAUCAGUUGAUAAUGUUUUCCAAAUGGUCUGCCUUUACACAAUGUGGUACUUUACUUAAAAUGUAGACAUCAAGAGACCAUAUGCCAAAUGAUUCUCAAAUGUGCUUGUAGCUAGGAAAAAAACCCUUUUUUUUUUCCUUUUAAAAUAUAUUUAAAAGUCUAAUUGUUCUCUGAAACACUGAAAAUGGCAUCAUGGGAUUCCAUGUAUAUUGUAUUUCAGUAUGGCUAAAACAGUGGUUCACAAGCUGUGGUCUCUGCCAGCUUGUGAUCUGUGGGGCUAUGGUACAUGUUUUGCAGCUGCUUUGUAGUAUUUUCAGUUAAGAGUUUAAUAAUAGGAAGGCAGAGUGGUACAGGAGAGAUUUUAAAAUGUGAUUGUGGUUAGUUAGCACCCCAAAAGUUUGGGAACAGCUGCUUUGUUUCACACUUGUUCUGUUUCAAUAAAUUCUGUUUUUGCAUGUCAAGAGUGAUAGCAACAUAGGUAGGAUACUAAUUCUGUAAGUAGAGGUUUUCUAACUUUUAGUGCCGCAGACCUUAUCUGCGAUGUCAGGGGGCCAAUUUAUGAUUUCUCUGUGCCUUCAAUAGUAAUGAAUAUAAGUGCAAUCCUUUAUCCAGCUGCAGUGUGCAGUGGUGAGUCCUCCCUAAGUCUUCCUUUUCACAUGAACGUUGCUGCUUUGGGCAAGGUGCAUGCCCACUUUGGAGAUACCAGGAUUAGACAAACACAAAGAGGAAGAAAUUCAUGCUUAACAACCCAGACUGAUUAUGCUCUCUUGAAAGUUUAAAGAAAAUGCAAAUAUCUUUUUACUUAAAGAUGGAAGAAAUGUGGUAUGGAUUUUCUGAAAGACAGUCAGUGGGCUUUGCAGGUUGCCAAGCUGAGAUGGUUGCAUCUCUAAAUAUAGCCACACCUUAAUACUUGUCAUUAAUAAUUGAAUAAAUGGAUGAAUAUGCUAACUGCAUCCUAUUUUAAUUCAGUUUUGGUAAAGGCCUAUUUCAAUCCAUUUAUUAUGCAGAAUAAAACCAAACCAACCCUUCUCUUCAGUAAGAGGCUGUCAGUUUUGUGGUUUUCAUCCUUAACAGUAGUUAAGAUCUCUUUUCCUAAGGUACCACACACAGUAGCUUCCACCAGAAAAGAUGGUCCCUGAAAGUUCUCCACAAUUAAAGCCUGCGAUGUAUUUAUUUAUAACUUAAUAAAUAGCUAAUCCAGGGUUGUUUGUGCUGUUAGUAUUUCAAACCAAAUGAUAGCAUGAAUGAGUGGUCAUUUUAAUUCUGUCAGAUUUGUAGGUGUAGCGCAGCACUGGUACAGGUAACCCUGAGAUGCUGCGGAAUCUCCGUCCCAGAGUUUUUCAAGACGGUUAAACAGUUAUGGCUGACUUGAUCUAGUGUUGGCAAUCAUCUGCUUCAAGCAUGAAGUUGGACUGGAUGACCUCCAGGGGUCCCUUCUGACCAACGUUUCUGUGGUUCUGUGAAGUUAAACGCCUUACUUCUGACAUACUGUAUACGCCUUUGUAUCUGAAAGUUGAAAUAUAGCUGAAAAGUGAAAUUAGUUUCUAAAACUAAUGUUUAUCAAAUUUACUUACAGAAAAGACUUAUAAAAAUCAAAGUUUUAGCCUGCUAGAAACAUCACCAUGCUUUUUCAGAGAGUAUAAGGCAUUUUGAUUUGGUAGCUGAGCAAUUUUAUGCAUAAUAUUUGAACUGCUUUGCUAAUUCAUGUAGAAGAAAAAGGGAUGGUUUAACAAAUUUCUACUCUUUCUGUGAAAGAAAAAAAUUCAACCUUGCUUGCAGUGUAAUGCUGGUUUCUGUUACAGAAAGAAUAUUUGGCUAACAUAAAUAUGCAGACACAUUAAAUCACACUAUAUUCUAUUUAUACAAUACACAUAAACUAGAAUAUGCAUCAGUGAGGAGUGACUAAUGUUUAUUUUCUUGAAGCUGAUGACCAUACUGCUCCAGCUGUGUCGUGAGGGAAAGAAUACCAUAUUUGUUGCAUUAGUUACAUUGAAGAUAAAAUGUUACUGCUGUAAUUUGGGGAGGGAGGAGAAAGAGGGUAUUGGGUAUUUUUUAUUUGUAGAUAUGGAUUAUUGUUUCAAAGCCUAUUUGUAUACAGAAUUUACUCUGUAUAUGUAUGUACUACUGCAAUGAUGAAAAUAAUUUUAACACCUCAUUUUGAUCUGCUGAAUGCAACAAGGGUAGAAAUAUAUAUUGUAAUAAAGGCAAAUACAAAUUU